GUAAAAUUUGAAGCACAGUUCAUCUUUUUUUAAUUGGAUUAUAUUGUAUGUGAUAUUGGUGAUGUUUGGUGAGGCAAAAAUGUUCUUGUGGCAGUACUUCUUUAAAAAAAAAGUAUUUACUGUCAUACAUGUGGCAUCUGCUGAUUCUACCAUUUACUAUGUUGUCACUGGGUGGUUCUACAGGAGCAAAGUCAAAGAGUCAUAAAAAAAAAAGAGACUUCCUUCUUCAGUGUCAUUGAGGGAACAACAUCUCACGGGAAAAACCAAACCCUCAGAUUUCCAGUGAUGCAUCUGUCAAAGGGGGAUUUUGUGUGGGUGGACACCGGGUCUGGCGUACCCAUCGGGGCCCAAGUGAAAGUAACCGACACGGGGCAGCUUCAACUAAUCGAUGACGAAGGAAAGGAGCACAAGAUCACCAAGGGUAUUGAGGGUGGCCUGCGGCCCAUGCACCCCACUUCGGUGCACGGUGUGGACGACAUGAUCCGGCUGGGGGACCUGAACGAAGCCGGCCUCCUCAGGAACCUCCUUGUGCGGCACAAAGACGGACUCAUCUACACAUUCACAGGCUCUAUCCUGGUGGCGGUGAACCCCUAUCAACUGUUGCCGCUCUACACGGCCGAUCACGUGCACCAGUACACGGACCGGCGUCUGGGCGAGCUGCCACCGCAUGUCUUCGCCAUCGCAGACAGCUGUUUCUUCAAAAUGCGCCGCAACCGCAGGAACCAAUGCUGCGUCAUCAGUGGGGAGUCAGGGGCCGGCAAAACGGAGAGCACCAAACUUAUGCUGCAGUUCCUCGCGGCCGUGAGCGGCCAGCACUCUUGGAUUGAGCAGCAGAUCCUGGAGGCCAAUCCCAUCUUGGAAGCCUUCGGGAAUGCGAAAACCAUCCGUAAUGACAACUCCAGUCGCUUUGGCAAGUACAUCGACAUCAACUUCACCAAAGGGGGCGCCAUCGAAGGGGCUCGCAUCGAGCAGUACCUGCUGGAGAAGUCCAGGGUGUGUCGCCAGGCACCCGAGGAGAGGAACUACCAUGUUUUCUACUACCUGUUGAUGGGAAUGCCGGCUGAGCAGAAGAAGAUACUUUCGCUCGGGAGCGCCGCUGAGUACAACUACUUGACGAUGGGGAAGUGCACCAGCUGCGAGGGUCGUGACGAUGUGAAGGAAUACGCUCACUUCCGCUCGGCGUUGAAGAUCCUCAUGUUCAGCGAGAACGACACCUGGGAAAUCUGCAAGCUGCUCGCAGCCAUCCUACACAUUGGCAAUGUCGACUUUGAAGGAACCAUCAUUAACAAUCUGGAGGGCUGCGAAGUCCCGGCGUCAUCACAUUUCGACAUGGUGUGCCAACUUUUGGAGGUGGAGCCGAAAGUUCUGGAGAAGAGUUUGACUCAGCGUUCCUUUAUGACCAUUCGGGAGAGCGUCAGCAAAGUUCUGACCUCAGCACAGGCCCAGGAUGGCAGAGACGCCUUUGUCAAGGCUAUUUACGGCCGUCUUUUCAUUUGGGUGGUGGACAAAAUCAAUGCGGCCAUUCACAAGCCGCCCGGGGAGUCCGACGAGGUCAGACAGUCCAUCGGCCUCCUUGACAUCUUCGGCUUCGAGAAUUUCAACACAAACAGCUUUGAGCAGCUCUGCAUCAACUACGCCAACGAGCAGCUGCAGCAGUUUUUCGUCAAGCACGUGUUCAAGCUGGAGCAGGAGGAAUAUGCCAGAGAAAGCAUCGUGUGGGAGCGCAUCGACUACAAGGACAACCAGGAAACUUUGGAUGUGCUUGCCAACAAGGCCCUCAACAUACUGGCCCUCAUAGAUGAAGAAAGCAACUUCCCCAAGGGUACAGAUACCACCAUGCUCCAAAAAAUGAAUCAGGUUCACGGGAAGGGCAGCAUCUACAUUUCCCCCAAGAAUAACUACGAGACUCAAUUUGGAAUCAGUCAUUUCGCAGGGGCCGUGUACUAUGACUCCAAAGGUUUCCUGGAGAAGAACCGUGACGCCCUGAGCCUCGACUUCAUCCAGCUGGUUGAGACAUCCAGUAACAAGUUGCUCAAGAUGGUCUUUCACAACGAGAUGUCCACGACCACCAACAACAGCACCAAGAACUCAGCCAACCCCAAGAUGGUCAUCAACACACCCAAGAACACACUACGGCAAGCAAACGACGGCAAGAAGCGAGUUCCCACGCUGACCGGUCAGUUCCGUCAAUCCCUCGACUCUCUGAUGAAAACCCUGACAGCGUGUCAGCCGUAUUUCAUCCGGUGCAUCAAACCCAAUGACUAUAAGAAGCCCAUGCUGUUUGACAGAGAGCUGUGCCUACGUCAGUUGCGCUACUCGGGCAUGAUGGAGACCAUCAGGAUCCGCAAAGCCGGUUAUCCGGUACGCUAUACAUUUGAUGAGUUCCUGGACCGCUACAGGGUUCUUCUCAAGACCUACAUCUGUGACCCCCAAAAGGAAAGCAAAGAGAAAUGCUGCGAAAGCAUCUGCGAAUCUGUGCUGGCGGGAGAGGGUGACUGGAAGACUGGAAAGACAAAGAUCUUCCUCAAGGACUUCCACGACACCAUGCUGGAAGUGGAACGGAUGAAAGAACUGAACGUCAAAGCGCUUUUGAUCCAGAAGGUUCUACGUGGCUACAAAUACCGAAAACAGUUCCUCAAGAAAAAAGCAGCUGCUCUCGUCAUCCAGAAGCACUGGCGAGGACACAAAGGGAGACAAGUGUACCGUGUGGUCCAAAAGGGCUUUGCCAGACUUCAAGCACAGGUUCGCUCCCGCCAGCUGCACCUCCAGUAUAAGAGAAAGCGGCAGGCGGCCAUCUUGCUACAGGCACAGGUGCGAGGCUAUGUGGCCCGCAUGGACUGGAAGCGCAAGAGGGACGCCGUGGUCUUCCUGCAGGCGCACACCAGAGGCUUUCUGGCCAGGAGGACUGUCAAGAACAUGAGGAGAAGCUAUCUGUCAGCUAAAGAGAAAGAGGCGGAGCGUCUGGUCAUGCUGCAGCGUCAGAAACAUCUUGAGGACGUGCUCAGGCAAAAAAAGGAGAUGGAGGCCCAAGCCCAGUCCGAGUCCAUCAUGGAUCAGCAGGUGGACGACAUCUUUGGAUUCCUGCCCGUCAUGGUGGGGGGGCAAGAGGGACAGGCGCCCGAAGGGUUUGAGACCUUGGAGAGCAAGCGAGUUCUGCUAGAGGAGAUCGACAUUGAUACCAUCUCCAUGGAGGAUGAAGACCUUCUUGUAGAGGACCAGGAUGACCUGGACGAUUACCCCUUCUCCAAAUUGGCGUCAAUGUACUUCCAGGGCGGUGCGUCACAUACGCACAUCCGCCAGAGGCUGAGACGACCGCUGCUUUACCAUGAGGACGAGGGAGAUGUCCAGGCCUCGCUGACCGUUUGGUGGAUCAUCCUGAGGUUCAUGGGGGAUCUUCUUGAGCCAAAAAAGCAGUUCCAGUUGCAGGGAAGCUCCUCACAGGGGCGCUCUCUCAAUCAGGACGUAAUCGAGAGAAAGGACAGACGUCUCAGCCACAUGGUCGGGCUCGACCAGCGUGUGCUGCGGAACAAAAAGGGCCCUGUUCAGGAGGAGUCCGUUCCCAACAGAAAGGCGUCCAUGUCGAGAAACAAGAGGGCCGCUCCGGGCGAGGUGGCCCCAAACACCAAGGUCUACACCGUCCCUGAAGGGAACCCUCGCACCCGAAAGGGCUCCACCUUCACAGACCUACUGUCCCGGAGUCGGAAAACCUCCGCCGUUCAGGAAAAUGGAAUUCCCAGAUCUUCUUCCAGCUUUCGGAAACCCUCCAUCAUUAUGGAAGAGUCUGAGGAUCCGACGGAGGUGUCCAAGGCUCCCACCCUACAGACGGUGAAGGAGGAUGGUGACGAUGCCUUGAUCGGGGAGGGUUCCACCCUGGACCGGCCCCUUUCGUCUCUGGAGAAGCUGCACAUCAUCGUGGGCUAUGCCAUAGUCCGACGUGACCUCAGGGAUGAGAUCUAUUGCCAGAUCUGCAAGCAGCUGCAGGACAACAAUAACCGCAACAGCUACUUCCGAGGAUGGAUCCUGCUCUCACUCUGUCUGGGCGUCUUCCCGCCGAGUGAACGGAUUAUAAAAUACAUCCAGAGCUUCAUCCGCUUCGCUCCCAGCGGCUACGCAUCCUACUGCGCCGAGAGGCUGCGUCGCACCCUUACGAACGGCGCGCGAGGGGAGCCCCCCGCCUGGCUCGAGCUACAGGCCACCAAGACGAAGAAGCCCAUGGUGGUGUCAGUCACGCUCAUGGACGGGCGCUCCAUCAACCUUCCCGUGGAUUCGGCUUCCACUUCCAAGGAGCUCUGCCAGCUCCUCGCUAACAAAGUCAAACUCAAAGACAUGUUUGGCUUUUCCCUCUACGUUGCUCUGUAUGAAAAGGUGUGGGCCCUGGGCGGCGGCCGCGAACAUGUGAUGGACGCCAUCUCCCAGUGCGAGCAGGAGGUGAAGCGGCGCGGCGGGCAGGAGCAGCACGCGCCCUGGCGCCUGUUCUUUCGCAAGGAGAUCUUCACGCCGUGGCACGACUGCGCCGAGGACAUGAUCAGCACCGAGCUCAUCUACCGGCAGGUCGUCCACAGCCUGAAGUUUGGAGAGUACCAAAUGGAGAAGGAAGAGGAUCUCGUCCACCUGGCCGCCAAGCAUCUCUAUAUCCAGCACGGCUCGGAUGACAGCAGCGAGGCUGUGCGGGAGGCUGUGCAGGCCUGCGUCAGCAACCCCCUGCUGGAGGCCAAAUCUGAAGGCAAAUGGGCACAAAUGAUUUCCACGGCCCACGCGCAGGGUUCAUAUUUGAGUUCUCUGCAAAAAGCGGAUUCGGUGAAGGCGGAGGUGGUGGAUUACGCCCGCGAGAAGUGGCCCAUCUUCUUCUCUAGGUUCUUUGAGGUGGUCAAGGUGUCAGGUCCUUCACUGCCAAAGAACAAGUUCAUCGUGGCCAUCAACUGGACUGGCAUCACUUUCCUGGAUGAGCGAGAAAAGAGACUACUGGAACUCUCCUUCCCAGAAGUCACCGGCGUUAACUCCACGAGAGGUGCUAAAGGCCCGGUGGUGUCUUUGCUGACUCUGAAGGGAGACUUCACGCUAAGCGGAUCCACGGCGACGGACAUGGCCGAGCUGGUCACCAUGUUCCUCAGCGGACUGACCGAGCGCUCGCAGUAUGCCGUCACCCUGAAGGAAAUGGAAAAGCGAGAUGACCCAACGUUCCUCAGCUUCAAGAAGGGCGAGCUCAUCGUCAUACUUAAAGACAAUGAGUUCUCGCAGGAGCGCGGCUGGAUAAACGGGCAAAAUCACAGCACGGGAAAAACGGGGGCCGUUCCCACGGAGGCCAUCUUAAUCCUGCCCACGCUCACCAAGCCCACAAACGAAGUGAUGAGCCUGCUCAACCUAUCCCCCAACCAGCGGAAGACCGUCCUGGCCAACCAGAAAGAGACCGGCACAGUGGAGCGACUCGCUCCAUUUACCUUGAGGGAGUUUUCCCUCGAGUACUUCAGGCAGCCCGCAAAGGAUGUCAACCGACAGGUGAUGUCACGCAAUGCCGCACCCGAGAAGCUGUGGUUGAACUCGCGUGAGCCCAUCCGACAGCCCCUCCUCAAGAAGCUUGUUGGCAACUCGGAUUUGAGCCACAAAGCCUGUCUGGCCUUCACCGAUAUCCUCUUGAGGAUUCCAUUUGGCAUCUCAAGUCUGAAUAUUGCCUCACCAGAAUCCAACCUAUUUUCUCCCUGA